AUUCACAACCUAAAGAAAAAAGUGCUGGGACGUGGACACACAGCGGACCGAACAACAGCUGAAAACAAUUUAAAAAUCUGUGCUAUAAACUUUCUGCUGCACGUGCAUUCCAGCGCUGAGCUCGCGCACAAACCGGACGCUCGUGCCGAACUAAAAGGCAUGUGGUACCGAGACGGAGCGGAGAUUUUCUCAUUUAUGCCUAAAGUUUUAAAGGACCUAGGGCUUCGUGUGGAUUCUUUUUAAUACUCUUUUUUUUUUCCAUGGAUGCAACUUAAACACGUUAAACACGAAGGAAUAGUUUAUCCGCAUGCUUCGUUUGGACCGGACCGAUUCGGACAUUUGUAGUGGGUCAGAAUCUCGAGUGUUAAACAUCCAGCGUGCUGACGCCAUCACACCACCCCACCCCAUCCCCUCCCCUGCUUCGUGUGGGACCGUGGCUCUUUUGCCAGGUCAAAGGUCAUGUGCAGAAUGGUUCCCAACAUGGCCGCGCUGCUGUGUGUGAGCAGCCUGCUGCUGUCUCCACUGCUAGGUGGAUCGCUUGCCUUGUCUCCACCCAGGUUCACCAAAGUUCCUGUAGACAUGAUUGGUGUCUCUGGAGGAGUGGUGUCCUUCGUAUGCCAGGCAACAGGGGACCCCAAGCCAAGAGUGACCUGGAAUAAAAAAGGAAAGCGUGUCAAUUCCCAACGCAUCGAGACCAUUGAAUUUGAUGAAGGUGCCGGAGCUGUGCUUCGUAUCCAGCCUUUGAGAGCUCCACGGGACGAGAACAUUUAUGAGUGUGUGGCAGAGAACAGCGAAGGUGAGGUCAGCGUCCAGGCCAAGCUGACUAUCAUCAGAGAGGACCUACUUCCCCCAGGCUUCCCCAACAUUGACAUGGGCCCCCAGCUGAAGGUUGUAGAACGCACCCGCACAGCUAACAUGCUCUGCGCUGCAAGCGGUAACCCUGACCCUGAGAUCACCUGGUUCAAAGACUUCCUGCCGAUUGAUCCCAGUACGAGCAAUGGGCGGAUCAAACAACUCAGAUCAGGGGCCUUGCAAAUUGAGAACACCGAGGAGACGGAUCAGGGGAAGUACGAGUGUGUAGCGACAAACGUGGAAGGUGUGCGCUACUCCGCCCCUGCCAACUUGUAUGUGCGAGUCCGGCGUGUGCCCCCUCGUUUCUCCAUCCUGCCCACCAAUCACGAGAUCAUGCCAGGCGGCAGCAUCAACAUCACCUGCGUGGCAGUGGGUUCGCCCAUGCCUUAUGUCAAGUGGAUGCUUAACUCAGAGGACUUGACACCGGAGGAUGACAUGCCAGUCGGACGAAACGUUCUGGAACUGAACAGCGUGCAUGAGUCAGCCAACUACACCUGCGUGGCCAUGAGCAGUCUGGGCAUCAUCGAGGCUGUAUCUCAAGUCAUUGUUAAAUCCCUGCCCAAGCCUCCAGGUACACCAGUUGUUACUGAAACUACAGCCACCAGCAUCACCAUUACAUGGGACAGUGGCAACCCUGAGCCUGUUUCCUAUUACGUUAUUCAGUAUCGUGCCAAAAUCCCAGACAGCAAGUUCGAGACCAUGGACUCCAUCACCACCACUCGCUAUAGUAUCGGUGGACUCUCGCCUAACACUGAGUAUGAGAUCCGGGUCUCAGCCGUGAACACCAUCGGCCAGGGUCCAGCCAGUGAGCCAGUGGAAGCCAGAACAGGGGAGCAGGCUCCUGCCAGUCCUCCACGGAACAUCCAGGCCAGGAUCAUUUCCCACAGCACUGUGAUGGUGCGCUGGGAAGAGCCAGAGGAGCCCAAUGGCCAAAUCAAAGGCUAUCGUGUUUAUUACACCAUGGACCCUUCUCAGCCAAUGAGCAUGUGGCAGAUCCACAAUGUGCAAGACAGCAUGAUUACGACCAUUCAGAACCUUGUAGCCUCCGAGACCUACACGAUCCGUGUGCUGGCUUUUACUUCAGUAGGCGACGGACCAUUUUCAGAUUCUAUUCAUGUCAAAGUGCUUCAAGGAGUUCCUGGACAGCCAUCCAAGUUUCAGAUUGGCGAGGUGUCGGACACCAGCAUCGAGCUGACCUGGGAGCCAGCAUUCGACAAAGAGGGGAUCAUUAGCUAUGAGCUUCGUUAUAAAGAAGGAAGUCAAGGGAGCCAGGUAACAAAAUCAUUCAGCCCGACCUCGUCCUAUGUGGUGGAGGGUCUGCGACCGAACACAGAGUAUUUCUUUACCCUGGCGGCUGUUUCCAACAAAGGCAUUGGUGCCUUCACCAACGAAAUCUCUCAGAAGACGUCCCAAGCCAAGCCAUCCGCCCCCCCUCAGGAGGUUAAAUGCUCCAGCCCUAGCUCCACAUCUCUGCUGGUAAGUUGGCGCCCCCCGCAUUCAGAGAGCCAGAAUGGCCUGCUGGUCGGGUACAUAGUGCGCUAUGCAGUGGCGGGGGGCGGAGCUGGGCUCGGGGUCGGAGCUGAGACCAUGGAAGAGCUGCAGGCACCAGCCACUUCCACCGAGAUAACGCUGCAGCGACUGGAGAAGUGGAUGUCAUACCGUGUGAGCGUGGCUGCAGCCACCGCUGUGGGUCCGGGUCCAGAGAGUGCCACACUGAUGUGCCGCACUGACGAGGACGUUCCCAGUGCACCUCCUCGGCGGGUGGAGGUGGAGGUGAUUAACUCCACUGCACUAAAGGUGAUGUGGCGCUCGUUGUUGCCCGGGCGACAACACGGCCAGAUCCGUGGUUACCAGGUUCACUAUGUGCGGGUAGAGAACGGCGAAGCACGUGGGCUCCCGCUCAUCAAGGAUGUAAUGUUGGCUGAUGCCCAGUGGGAAACGGACGAUACAGCUGAAUACGAGAUGGUGAUCGGGGGCCUGCAGCCAGACACCACCUACUCCAUCACUGUGGCAGCCUACACCAUCAAAGGCGAUGGAGCACGAAGCAAACCCAAACUGGUGGUGACCAAGGGAGCAGUGCCAGGCCCUCCCUCCCUCUGGGUUCAACAGGACUCGGAGAGCUCCGCUGUGGUACGGUGGCUCCCUCCAGAGAUUCUUCCCCCUGGUCUAGAGCUCCUUGGUUAUCGCCUCCAGUUUGGCCGUAAAGAUGUCCCGCCAUUGGCGACACUGGAGUUUGCACCAUAUGAGCGUGAGUUCUCUGUGUCCAGCAUGCACCGGGGCGCCACCUACAUCUUCAAGAUUUCAGCCAAAUCGCGCUCUGGUUUUGGCGAAGAGGCCAAACAGGAGCUGAGCCUUGAUGAAGAGGCACCACAUGGCUACCCACACCUCAGCACCACUUCUAAUAUCACCUGCUGCUCAGUGCACUUCUCCUGGCUGCCUCCGGUUCUAGCUGAGCGCAACGGCGCUAUCACAGAGUACACACUGGCAUACCAGGAAGCGGGCACUGCCAGCAUGCCCCUAGAGUUGCGCUUGCCAGCCACUGAACACAGCUUCACAUUGAGCAGCCUGAAACCGGACUCUGUUUAUGACGUCAAAAUUCGCGCACACACCAGCGUAGGUCCCGGGCCCUACAGCCCGACCAUCCAGUAUCGCACAGUGGCCCUCAUCACAGAUGUUCCUAAAAACUUCACAGUUAAGUUGGUCACCAAGACAACAGUGUUGCUGGCAUGGAAGUUUUCUGACAGCCGCUACCCAUACCGCUGCAUGAUUGAAUACCACCGCCAGAAAGUGGACAUAGAUGCGCGCAUGACCAAAGCUCUCAUCACCAACCUGAGAGCCAACAGCACCUAUGAGUUCCGCAUCACAUGCCUGGACAGUGGCGAAGGAGGCCCCAGACACCGGCUUGUGGCUCGCACCGCUCCCUCCAUCCUCAACAGCAAACCAGAGCUAGACGUGAGGAGAGAACCAGACAACACCGUCACGGUCAUCCUCCCUCAGCUCGAGACCAGGGACACGAUCAAAUCUGUCUAUGUGGUAGUGGUUCCGCUGAAGAAAGGCAGAGGGCCGAAUAGACACAUCAAGAGCCCAGAUGAAAUGGAUCUGGAGGAGUUGCUGAGGGACGGGAGCAUGAAGCAGAGACACACGCGCACAACACGACAGCUGCGCCAGGUAGACGUGAAGAAGCCAUACAUCACCGCCAGCUUUAAACCCAGCAACAUGCCCCCAGCAUUCACGCUGGGCAACAAGAUUGUCUACAACGGCUAUGAGAACCGCGUUCUAGAGCCGGGACAGGACUACGUCUUCUUUAUCCUGGCCGAGCUCAACUCCACCAGUGCGAAAACGUUUGUGGCCAGCCCUUACUCUGACUCCAUCAUGGCCCCCGACGUGGACCCCCAGCCCGUGGAGACGGGUGGAGACGGCCUCAUCUGGGUGGUGGGACCUGUCCUGGCCGUGGUCUUCAUCAUCUGCAUCGUCAUCGCCAUUCUGCUUUAUAAAAACAGCAAAAGGAAAGAAUCAGAGCCACGUACCAAAUGUCUGCUCAACAAUGCUGAGAUCACACCGCAUCAUCCCACUGACCCUGUAGAGAUGAGGCGCAUCAAUUUCCAGACUCCAGAUUCUGGUCUGAGCAGCCCUCUAAGCGAAGCCACUUUUGACUAUGAAAGAAUGAUGAACCAUCCGCCCAUCCCCAUCACAGAGCUGGCAGAACACACCGAGAUGCUCAAAGCCAACGACAACCUGAAACUCUCACAGGAGUACGAGUCCAUCGAUCCAGGACAGCAGUUCACCUGGGAGCACUCUAACUUGGAGGUCAACAAACCCAAGAAUCGCUACGCCAACGUCAUUGCCUAUGACCACUCCCGUGUCAUUCUGGCUCCAAUUGAUGGCAUCGCAGGCAGCGACUACAUCAACGCUAACUAUAUUGACGGCUACAGGAAGCAGAACGCCUACAUCGCCACACAAGGGCCGCUGCCAGAGACAUUCGGGGAUUUCUGGAGGAUGGUGUGGGAGCAGAGAGCAGCUACUGUUGUCAUGAUGACUCGUUUAGAGGAGAAGUCACGGAUAAAGUGUGAUCAGUACUGGCCGAGCCGAGGGACGGAGACAUACGGCAUGACCCAGGUCACCCUGCUGGACACCAUCGAGCUGGCCACCUUCUGCCUACGCACCUUCUCUUUACACAAGAAUGGUUCUAGUGAAAAGCGUGAGGUUCGUCAGUUCCAGUUCACAGCGUGGCCGGAUCAUGGCGUGCCCGAGUACCCAACGCCCUUCCUGGCAUUCCUGAGGAGGGUAAAGACCUGCAAUCCACCUGAUGCAGGGCCCAUCAUCGCUCACUGCAGUGCCGGCGUGGGCCGCACCGGCUGCUUCAUCGUCAUUGACGCCAUGCUGGAGCGCAUCAAGCACGAGAAGACGGUGGAUAUCUACGGUCAUGUGACACUGAUGCGAGCCCAGAGGAACUACAUGGUGCAGACGGAGGAUCAGUACAGCUUCAUCCACGACGCUCUGCUGGAGGCAGUUGCCUGCGGCAACACAGAGGUCCCAGCCCGCAGCCUUUUCUCCUACAUACAAAAGCUGGCUCAAGUGGAGGCCGGAGAGCACGUCACAGGCAUGGAGCUGGAGUUCAAGAGACUGGCCAACUCCAAGGCCCACACAUCUAGGUUUAUAAGUGCCAACCUGCCCUGUAACAAGUUCAAGAACCGCCUGGUGAACAUCAUGCCGUAUGAGACUACCCGAGUGUGCCUUCAGCCAAUCAGAGGGCUAGAGGGCUCUGACUACAUCAAUUCCAGCUUUAUUGAUGGAUACAGGCAGCAGAAGGCCUACAUAGCCACCCAGGGCCCAUUAGCUGAGACCACGGAGGACUUCUGGCGUAUGCUAUGGGAGAACAACUCCACCAUCGUGGUGAUGCUCACCAAGCUGAGGGAGAUGGGCAGAGAAAAAUGCCAUCAGUACUGGCCAGCAGAACGCUCCGCUCGGUAUCAGUACUUUGUGGUGGACCCCAUGGCUGAGUAUAACAUGCCCCAGUACAUCCUUCGAGAGUUUAAAGUUACAGACGCAAGGGACGGCCAGUCUCGGACCGUGCGGCAGUUCCAGUUCACUGAUUGGCCGGAGCAGGGAGUCCCUAAAUCUGGUGAAGGUUUCAUUGACUUCAUCGGCCAAGUGCACAAAACCAAGGAGCAGUUUGGCCAGGACGGUCCCAUCUCUGUCCACUGCAGUGCUGGUGUGGGCCGGACCGGAGUCUUCAUCACGCUCAGUAUCGUGCUGGAGCGGAUGCGCUAUGAGGGCGUGGUGGAUAUCUUUCAGACAGUCAAAAUGCUGAGAACCCAGAGGCCUGCCAUGGUGCAGACCGAGGAUGAGUACCAGUUUUGCUACCAGGCAGCUCUUGAGUACCUAGGAAGCUUUGAUCACUAUGCAACGUAAAAAGCCAUCUCCUUCCCCCCUUCCCAGUGCCCCCUCUACAGCCUCCUGAGCCAUAGGAACCUGCUUGAAACAAUUGAAACAGUGACAACUGUACAAAAAAUCCAACAAAAUAAAAAAAAAAGAAAUAAAUCCUGUUGCAAAACAAACCCAAUCUAAAGAGUGUAUUUGGCAGCAGAUUCCAGGACCAUCAUCAAAAAAAUCCUAAUUGGACAGAGCCCAAGCCGAGGCAGAUGGAGAGAUCCGUUUAGAAACCAACUCCCUGUACGUCCUCAUUCAUGAGACAGAACCAAAAGUAUUGGCUCAGGCCACGGGGUGGGAAUGAUCUAUAAGUUGGACUGCUUACUUUACCUCAAGUGUUCUGAUAUGGAGGAUAUUAUUAAUCUACAUGUGGAUGUAUAUCUCCAAACCAAUCCUGUAAAGAUACAACAAAAAUGAUCAGGAGCUAAAAUUCAGGACUCAUCUAUGCGUGGGUUCAACUGAUCCAGAUGAUCAAAGUGGAUGUGAUCACACUGAGAUUGACCUGAUUGGUGAGGUGAUUGAGCUGAGAUCCUUCAGUAGUUUGAUCAUGGUGAUGGCAGCAGAAGGUGUUUCCGGGGUUGUGUUAGUGAAGCAGGCAGGAUUUUAACCUAGAGUCUCUACAAUCCUAUCCAUUUCAAGACAUCAAGGCUCGUGUUCAUCUUAUACAAAAUGCUAUUUCUCCAGAAGUCGUUUCGGUGCUUUUUUGGGACAAGCUAGCCAAUGUCUUCACAACACGCCAAUGUAGCUUUGUCUUGAAAGCGUAUGGAGGCGACUGGAGCGUGACCCUGACAGUAUCUUCAGCCAGAAAUGUGAGGACCAAAUGAUUCUCCACUGAGUUUUCUCUGAAUCGUGGUAUAAGUUACCUGUGACUGGUUUUGCCACUGCCAUAUGCUGUGUGCUUCAGAACCUGGUCUGCAGGGACCACCACCGCCACAUGCAUGGAAUCAUGGGAUUGGUGCUCCAGUGACCAACAUUUGCCACGAUUCAUUGCCUUGAAUCUGGAAAGGCUUUUCUUUAGACAAGAAAGCACUCUUUUCUUGUGACCAACCCAACAGUGAAAGAUCUCAGACUUCCCUGACGGCAGUCUGCACCAAGACAUAUGCUCUCGGGGAUCCGUGAACACUUUGAAGGCCAUCAUUUCAUUAUGGCUUCACUGGCCAAUCACAAUGGAUCUCCAUAUACAAACCACAUCAACAAACAGAAACCCGGCGGUACGACUUAAUGUGUGCAUCUCCGAACUUUUAAUUAAGACUUGAACAUAAAUGUGUGUGACAGGAUAAGAGGAAACUUCUCUUCCUUCGCUCUCUGCAUAGGUCAAAAUGGUGUGUGUGUGUGUGUGUGUGUGUGUGUGUGUGUGUGUGUGUGUGCGCGUACUGGAGAAUGCUUGAAUGGCAGAGCUUUCAGAUUAGUUUGCAACGGAAGAUACUGAUUGCGCUGUGGAAGAGCCGUGUGUAGUCUUUUCUUAUUUCCAAAAAAGCCUUAUCGUUGUAACAUUAUACAAAAUGACAUUGUUGUAUUAUUAUUAUUAUUAUUAUUACAAUUAACAUAAUUUUACUUUCAUUUAAUCUGUUUAGUUUUGUAACAGAUACAGAGACUGUAUUUGGUUUUUUUUUAAGGAGGAGAAAAAGAGCUGGUUUUUGUUCAUAUUAUGUUAAAAGACAUUCUAUUUUUUCACUAUAGAAAUGUGAAAUGUGGAUGUGUGUGUAUAUUUAUGCAUACACACUCACAUACACAGUAUAUUUAAAUGCAAAAUACAAAGAUGUAUCCAAAUCAUAGUAUGAUUAGUAUUUCUUAUGUAUUUUUAUUUCACUCAUGAACAUGUAUUCAUUUAUAUAUUUUUUUUUAAUCAUGAUUUGGAGAAAUGCAGCUUGGCCUCAUUCUUAUUGCUCAAAAAAGUACGAACUCUUAGGUUUGAUUUUUAUUCUUAUCAUCAUUAGUAGUGUGUAAUUUGAGGUAAAGGCAUUAAUAUUAAAAAAAAAAAAAAAAAAGCAGUAGGAUUUCUUAACAUUGACUUAAACGUUAACUUUUUAUUUCUACAUUUUUAAUAUUCAUGAACUGUACCCAAUGUUUCACUUCCCUUAUUAAAAUUUCAUUUUUACUUUUUUUAUUUUACAUUAUCGUUGUUUUUUUACUUUUGAAAUCAAAGAACUGAUCAUCGGCUUGUUAUGUAUGAACAACGGUCCUGAAUAUGAAGUGUAAAUAAACAAAUCUAGAUUAUAUGUAUUUGUAUAAUUUGACCCACACUUUUUCUGUCUGAACAAUUCUGAAUUUAAAAGUGGAAAAAAAGCUUUUUCUGAGGAACUUGGUGGUGUUGCAACAAUCUUCUCCAUCUCUGAUCCCUUCACUUUCACUUUUUUUGAAAAUAUAUUAUAUUUUAUUUUUUUUUUAUAUGAGCUGUCCAUCCCAGCGUGCUCAACAGUCAUGAAGUUUCUUUUUUUCCCCCUCAUAUGUAACUUCUUGAAGUUAAUCCUACAUUGCAUUUACAGUUUUCUUUCCCCCUUUGAAUAAAAUAAAUUAUGUUUGGAUAAUGAAUUAGGGAAGGGCUUGUGUGGUUGGUGCAUACACUUGAACAUGAAGACAUAAUGGAGUGACUGCACAAAUUUGCCUUGAACGAAUGUGAAACCUUUGUUGUGUGGAAUCACAUCACUGCCAGUGUAUGAUCAGUUUGCCCAUUUCCUUCAUUCUUUAGUUUUUAACCACUGCAGGCUCUCAGUCUGUAUACUUGCAUAAUAUAACAUUUUCAUUUUUUAUUCUUUUUCCUGGAAAUCAUUAUUUCUUGCUAAAGUUUAGAAGGAGACAGAAAUCUGAAAAUUCCAGCUCUGCCUUGGGAAGUGGAGUUCGACUUGUUUCUCCACAAGAAGCUCUUCUAUUCGAACGGACACACAUAUCUCUGGAGCUCAGAAUAAAAAUGUUUGGAUCUCUGAUCUGUGUCUGACAUGAAACGUCAGAUUGACAGGGAAAGUACCGACUUCACUCCACUUCGCAUAUAAAACCGACCAUAUUGAAAAAAAAAAAGAAACAAGUAAAGAAGAAAAGCCAAAAUUGAAAAGUUUGUCUUUGUACGAAAGCCAAGCGAUACUGCUUUCAAACUGUUACUUCUAACGGAAACAAUAAUUGGUUUAAAUACCACUGUGUAUGUAGAUAUGUUGACUUUGUAUUAAAGAAAUGUUGUCUGAA